AUGGAAAAACUAUUCAGAAACCGAGAGUUGAAUGUUAGCGUGAGAACUGUUAAGAGUGGUGAGGAGGUACUGUUUUAUGCAAAAGAUGUGGCAGAAUCUCUAGGGUACUCGAACACAAAAAAAGCAAUUAGAAAUCAUGUUUGGGAAGAGGAUAAGUGCACUCUAGGGUCCAUCCAAAAGGGGUCCCUCGAGGGACCCCUUUUGAAAGGGCAUCCUGGUUCCACUUUAAUUACAGAACAGGGUUUGUACCAGUUAAUUUUCGGAUCAGAGCUUAACACAGCAAAGGAGUUUAGGAGGUGGGUAUUUAGUGAAGUCUGCCCAUCUAUCCGUAAAACAGGAUCUUAUAACUUACCAGAUAGAAGGUCACUUAGAUAUAACCAAAUAAUCCUUAUAAACGAAACGGACCUUCAUCACAUAGUUGUGAGUUACAUCAGAGAUAACUACCCAGAGGCCAUAAUAGUACCUGGUCUAGGUGAGUAUCAGGACACAGUGUUAAAGAGAUGUGAUGCCUGGAAGAAGGGAUAUAAAGGUGGUCAACCAGAUCUUAUCAUAGAGAAUCCUAUGGGGAAGUACAAAGGAUUUUCUAUUGAAUUUAAGUCUCCUAAGGGCACUGGAGUUAUAAGUGAGAAUCAGGAUAUAUGGUUUAGGAAAUUGAGGGGAAUAGGGUACAUGACAAUGUUAUCAGAUGAUCUGGUAAAGACUUGUAUUAGAAUUAACGAAUACUUCUCACUUAAGAAGACUGUAAGGAAAGUUGUAGUGAAGAAUAUAGUUAGUGAUAUAAAGACGUACAGACCAAGGUUUGAUUCAGGUAAGUAUUGA